AUGAAAUCGACGUUAGAAGACAGCCACCCACUGCUCACACAGAUAAUCAAUUGUUCUUCUCUGUUGAGGACGUUCCUCUUUCAGAUAAUACUUGUCUUUUCCCUAACAUUCACUUUUUCUCUUCGUCACAGGGAUUUAACUGAACUCGACUCUUCUUUGCUUAAUCGUGGGUCUUCCUUUCUCUUUGUAAUCCUUUCUCUUUGUAAUCCUUUCUCUUUGUCAUUCAUACAUUCUUUUCUUUCUCUCUUCUUCUUUCUCACCAUUUUCUUUUACUGCUUUUAUUCUUCUUCUUCUUCUUCUUCUUCUUUUCUUCUUUUUUUAACUUCUUUCUUCUUCAGUUCAGUAUCUAUCUAUCUAUCUAUCUAUUUGUCUCAGCCUGUUCAUUAUCUAUCUAUCUAUCUAUCUAUCUAUCUCAGCCUGUUCAUUAUCUAUCUAUCUAUCUAUCUAUCUAUCUAUCUAUCUAUCUAUCUAUCUCAUCCUGUUCAUUAUCUAUCUAUCUAUCUAUCUAUCUAUCUAUCUAUGUCAAUUUCCUUGGGCCUUUAUCUGCUCUACUUCACUUGUUUCGUUAAAUAUAACACGUCUAUUUCAUCGUCAUUAUCCCUCAAUACUUCAAACAUCUAUCUAUCUAUCUAUCUAUCUAUCUAUCUAUCUAUCUAUCAGAUGGAAUAUUGA